AUGGUUGUUCGGGACUUCAACCGAGCCAUUGCCGCGUGUGGCGCACACUGGCCACGAGCUAUCUCCCUCCUGGCGGAGAUCUCCGAUGCUUCCCUCCAGGCAGAUGUCGUAUCCUUCAACUCAGCCAUCAAUGUAUGCAGCCGGGCACAGCAGUGGCAACGAGCUCUUCAGCUGUUCAGUGGCGCCAAAGAAGUCGCAAAUGUGAUCACCUACAGCACCGCCAUCACCGCUUGCAGCAAAGCAGGGAGAUGGCAGCAGGCAUUGUUUCUUCUGUCCACAGCAGACGUGCCGCUGGAUGUGAUAGCAUUUGGCGCUGGCAUCAGUGCUUGUGGCGCGCAUUGGCAAUCGGCUCUGGCGCUUCUUGAGCGUUUGCAGAUGCAAAGGCUCAGAGAGAACUCCGUGGUCUACAAUUCCGCCAUGAAGGCCUGCGAGCUGGGCAGUGCCUGGCAGGCGGCCUUGUGCCUCUUCUCAACGGCCGAGCUGGACCUCGUGAGUUUCAGUGUGGCGGUGAGUGCCUGUGGCGCCGGGCAAAGGUGGGCGGAGGCGGGCCAACUGCUGCGGCAGCUGGGGCGACACCAGCUGCAGCCGGAUGUGGUUCUGUACAACACAACCAUCAGUGCCUGCGGCAGUCACUGGCAAGAGGCCCUAGUGCUGCUGGAAGAGUUGACCGAUAGCCAAGGAGCUGAUGCCAUCUCCUAUAACGCCGCCAUCAGCUGCUGCGAACAGGCCAGUUGCUGGCCAGCAGCCCUUGCUCUCUUGUCCCCGACCACGGCCACGCCCGCAGCUGUGGGGGGCGUGGUGGGUGCGCUGGGCGGCCGCUGGCAGCAGGCGUUGCUGAUCUUUCAGGAGACGCGGCGCUUCUUGCGGACGGAGGAUGUGGCCCUGUACGGGGCGCUGCUCAGCUCCUGCGAGCGCGGCUCCGCGUGGCAGGCGGCCGCGGAAGUCUUCGAAGAGAUGCGCCGGGCCAAGGUGCAGGAGGAUGUCAUUGCCUUCAAUGCCUUGAUCAGUGCCUGUGAAAAGUGUGAGCAGUGGGCACACGCGCUGUCUGCACUGGCUGAGUUGAUGUCCCUCACACUUGAGGCCAAUGUCAUCACUUACAACGCUGCCAUCAGCGCCUGCAGGGUUUGCUGGCGACGAGCUUUGGAUCUCUUCUUUUCAAUGGCGUCGUCUUCACUUCAGCCAGAUUUGAUUUCCUACAAUGCCGCCAUCACUGCAUGCGAGUCGGGAAAGAAAUGGGAGCUGGCACUGCAUUUGAUGACCCUAGCGGACGAGCUAGGACUUGGCGAUGCUGUGACGCUCACUGCAGUCUUGGGAGCCUGCAGGAGCGCCGGGAAGUGGCAGCACGCGCUUUGCUCCUUCGACCUGGGCCUGCCUUACAACAGCCUCAGCCUCGCAGAGCUACUGGCUUUGUCGCGCCCGCGCCAGGCAGUGCCACUGUUGGCCGAGUUGCAUCACAUGGAGCUGAACGUCCUGAGAGACUGGUGA